CCUACUGUUGUUUACUCAGAUAAAUGUGUCACUUCACUGUUCAGCUGAGUUAGAGUAGGUAUCUGUCAAGAGUUCAGCUGAUGGGGGGUCUUGAAGCCAAAUUUACUCAUGUCCUUCACCACUACACCCCCUACUGAACCCAGCUAAAGUGAGAGAUGGCAGAAGAAAGUGACUUCAUGAACACUGGGCCUUCGGUGGGACCUCAGGAGGGAGGUGGGUUUCCUGCAGCACCGCCACCCAUUUACACCUGCACGUUGACUCCUGAGCUGGUGGUUAAGGCGCGGGAGGAGCUGCAGGAGAAGCCAGAAUGGCGGCUGCGGGACGUGCAGGCCCUGAGGGACAUGGUCCUCAAGGAGCAGCCAAACCUCAGAACCCGGCUUGAUGAUGCCUUCCUGUUGCGAUUCCUGCGUGCCCGGAAGUUUGACUAUGACCGUGCUCUACAGCUGCUCAUCAACUACCACAUGAGCCGGCGUGCUUGGCCAGAGGUCUUCCAUGACCUACGACCUUCAACCGUCAAGCACGUACUUGACCGGGGCUUCCUCACAGUUCUGCCGCACCCAGACCCACAUGGCCGCUACAUCCUCUGCCUCCGACCUGGGAAAUGGAAACCAAACGACUACCCAUUUGUUGAUAACAUACGUGCCAUAUACCUGACCUUGGAGAAACUCAUCCAACCCGAGGAGACUCAGGUCAACGGGAUUGUGAUCCUGGCCGACUACACUGGAGUGGGCUUGACGCACGCCUCCAGCAUAGGCCCCUUGCUUGCUAAGAAGGUUGUGGGUAUUCUUCAGGAUGGAUUUCCAAUUAGAAUUAAAGCAGUCAACAUAAUAAAUGAACCACGGAUUUUCAAAGGAAUAUUUGCAAUCAUUAAGCCUUUCCUGAAGGAGAAAAUGGCAGAAAGGUAUAUACUUCACGGCUCACACCUAAGCUCCCUGCACCGCAACAUCCCUCGCUGUGUCCUUCCCGAGGAGUACGGCGGGGUGUUGGGUGACUUGGACUCGUCCGCGUGGUCCAGGACUCUGAUGGAUUCCGAGGUGGAGUUUGUGGUGGAGUUCUGCCAGCCCGAUCCCCUAGAGGGUGUCGUGUUUCCGGACUCCAUGGUGUUCGAGGGGGAAGAGGCGAGGGGCCACAGCGAGGACACCUUUCGAGGGCUGCGCUCCCAGCUUUACUACUGCUACUGACCCAGGGUGGUAACAACUACUAGAAUAGAACUGUUUCUCUUCUGCAUUGUUUAUUGCUCUUUUAAUUCAGCCAGCUGGAUAUUGUUUCUGCAGAGGGCACUGCAGUUCAAUUUGUUUUGCCUUCCACAAUUCAGUUCUGUGAGGUAAAUUCUUUCUUCAUGGUACUGCCAUUCAUUUAAUAGUCAAAUAAGCUCUUGGGGCAGCUGACAUUGAAACAACAUUGAAGCAGGUCUUUGUUUUAACAGUCUGCAGCUAUGCGAUAUUUUAAAGGGAAAGAGAUUAUGGUAUGAUCUUAGACUGCUCUGUGUAUAUCGCUCUCUCUUUCUUUCUUACAAUCAGAAGCAUAUUGAUUCAAAUCUUACAGCAAUAACAUUUCUCAGUUUGCCUUUUCCAAACGGUCUUAAAUGCAGUAUACUUUUGUGAAGUACCUAAGCUCAUAAAAAUCUGUGAAUGCAGAGUAAGGCAGCACCGUCUCCUGCAGUUUUAAAUUAUUCCAAAGAUGCGUUACUUUCAGCUCUGCAAAGCGGUCUUGAAUUUCGUAAACCUGACAAUUUAUAAAGGAUUUCUUUAUUGGGGCUUAUGGAGAAGCUCACUGCGCCUUAAUGAUAGUCCACAGUGCAAUAUCAGAUAGGUGCAUACUUUACUUUUGCAUCUAAAAUAUUAUUCCUAUAAUCUAGACACUACAAACACUUAUUUGAGGCACAUUUAGAGUGUAGGUUGAAGGUUUAAUAAUUUGUGCGAAUGUCCAGUUCUGUACUAUUACUCUCUUAAUCUUCACAGUAGGAGUCCAGAGCAAUAUUAUUCAGGCAUUUGUUAAUGAUCUCUACCAGGGUUUUAUGGAUUUUUUUCCUUUCGUUUUAGAAUGUAGUUAUUGCUCAUUUAAUAUUUUACCCUUACUGUGUCUAAGUAGUAUAUUAAUAUAAGUAGUCUGUUAGGAAAAUAGAAAUUAGUAAUAGUCUCAACUUUUUUUUUUUUUGAAGUGUUCAGCAAACAAGGGUAUUAGUAGGGUAGCAAAAUAUGAAAUGGCUUAACUGGCCUUUAUACCACCAUGUGUUUACAAUAGCAGAGUUUAUUUUUGUAUUUGCUGCAAUCCGCCUUACGUGUGCAUUUCUGUAUUUUUCCAAUUACUGUAUGAAUUUCCUGUAUGUGUCAGUCCUCAUUAUUUACUUUCUAAGCUGCUGAAGACCUGUCAUAUAGGACGAGGGUUCCUAAUGUGGGGAUAGUUCCUAUCUGUUACAUGCACUGUAAGCAUUUUCCAGGCAUUGCCAGUGGGUUAUCAGUAAUGUUUAAUUUUGACAUCACUCUGUGAUCCCUGUGAGUUGUGUUGCACUUAAGUCACUGUUUGCCAAACAUAACCAAGAGUCAUGUAGAUGUCACACUCUUUUAUUACAUUUUCUAGACACGUGUAUAUAUAUAUAUAUAUGUGGGUUAUUAUUUAUGCUAUAAUAGAAUUAAAUUUUUUUUUUACUUAUUUUUGUGUGCCAUGUUGAAUUUCUGUAAUCAAGCCAAACUAUUAAAAUUGUGUUGCGUGUGGUCACAAA